UCACACCUCUACUUGAUGCGUUCCAUCACGUCACUGUUGAUUUUAUCCGCGUCAUCCAACCGCACUUUUAAAGAACCCCUCAUCAAUUCACAAUAUUCAAAAUUUCAUUCUCAUUUCAUUCACUCUCUCAUUUGGUGUUUUGCUGGUGCAGCGAUUUAUUCAAUUCUCAUUUCAUUUGGAUACCUUUUUGGCGUUAAUUUUCUAAAAGUGAUUAUUUUUUUCGUAGUUGUAAUUGAGCCCAAAAAAAUGUCGUCGUCCAAAAGGAAGCCAUCCGAGGAAGAGGAGUGCGCAGAUUUGGCAAUGAGUAUUCCAGGCCUGGGAAGCCAGUCGAAUCAGCCAAAACCUCGGGUCCUCGGCACAUCUUUUUUCGGCUACGUCCCAGACGCAUUCAGCAUGAAGACACCAAACUUGCCGUCUGAGCGAUCCUCGCAACCAUCGCCGCCAUCAGUAGCUGAUAAAAACAAGACUCCGAAAAAUGACCAAGUAAAUCGAAAGGAAAAUGACCGCAAGCCCGAAGAAAAACAGGAAACAAAUAAAACGGUUGCCAUCUCCGCGCCUCAAGACAACCAGACCCGAGACGACAAACCAGAAGACGACGCAAUGGCGGCCAGGGCUCAAUCCACAACGCCUGUGCGCAAAGUUCCUAUCCACUUGCAGAGUGCUCAGAAUAGACUGUUGAUCAAGAAUGGCAAAGUUGUCAAUGCUGAUGGAAUUCAGGAUGCCGAUGUUUACGUUGAAGAGGGUGUCAUCAAGCAAGUUGGAAACAAUUUGAUUGUUCCUGGUGGAAGUCGAGUGAUUGAUGCAAGAGGAAAGUUUGUCAUUCCAGGAGGUAUCGACACCCACACUCACCUCCAGUUGCCUUUUAUGGGAACGACCACGGCCGAUGAUUUUUACACUGGCACGCGAGCAGCCUUGGCUGGAGGAACAACCACCAUCAUUGAUUUUGUCAUUCCGAGCAAGGGACAAUCGCUCAUUGAGGCUUACAAACAAUGGCGCGAGCGGGCCGAUGACAAAGUAGCCUGUGAUUAUGCUCUGCAUGUUGCGGUCACUUGGUGGUCACCGGAAGUCCAGCAAGAGAUGGAAGAGCUCUGCCGGGAUCAUGGCAUCAACUCCUUCAAAAUGUUCAUGGCUUACAAGGACCUUUGGCAGCUGGACGACACGGAGUUGUUUGAGGCGUUUGAAAGGUGUAAACAAUUGGGAGCCGUUGCUCAAGUCCAUGCUGAAAACGGCGACAUAAUCAAGGAGAACUGCAAAAAACUACUGGCCGCUGGUGUCACUGGGCCUGAGGGGCACGAAUUGUCCCGACCGGAAGAGGUGGAGGCGGAAGCCGUCAAUCGCGCUUGUGUUUUGGCCAAUCAGGUAAAUUGCCCGUUGUACGUUGUGCACGUCAUGUCGAAGAGCGCUGGCCAGGUCAUAGCCGAAAAGCGGCGCGAGGGAAUCGUAGUGUACGGAGAGCCGAUCGCUGCAUCUCUGGCCACAGACGGAAGGAAUUAUUGGCAUACCUGCUGGCGCCAUGCGGCUGCCCAUGUCAUGGGUCCUCCGCUCAGGCCAGACGCCUCGACCCCCGAUUAUUUGAUGGAUCUUUUGGCCAAUGAUGAUUUGAGUUUGACUGGCACGGACCACUGCACUUUCUCAACGGCCCAAAAAGAAAUGGGCAAAGGUGAUUUUACCAAGAUUCCCAACGGCGUAAAUGGCGUCGAAGAGCGGAUGUCACUCGUCUGGGAGAAAGGAGUCGUCUCAGGCAAAAUGGAUCCGUCUCGCUUCGUCGCCGUCACCUCUACCAACGCAGCUAAAAUUUUCAACAUGUAUCCGAAAAAGGGGUGCAUCGAUGUCGGAUCAGAUGCCGACAUCGUCAUUUGGGAUCCUAAACUGGAGCAUACCAUCUCGGUAGCUACCCACCACUCGGCUGUUGAUUUCAACAUUUUCGAGGGAAUGACCUGCCGAGGAGGCCCCGAGUAUGUCAUUGCCAACGGUCGCGUUACAGUCGAUGAAGGCCAAGUGAAGGCCGUCCAGGGCUACGGAUCUUUCAUUCCUACUCCAGCAUUCGCCCCAUUCGUUUAUGACGCUGUCGCCGAGCGCGAAAAGGUUCAUCAAUUGAUUAAAGUGGAGCGCGAAGGCCGUGUCAUUGCUGUGCGCAAUACUGCAGUGGCAGCUGCCCAGCCAUCGGCCACCAACGGCGAAGCCUCCGAGUCCAGCUUGGCGUCGGCCAAUGGCGUCGAAGAAGCCAUUCCUACUGCUGAUCACAGCUUCGUUGCUCACCAGCAUUUCACUCGUCCGCCCACCAGUUCUGGUGGCAGAAAUAUGCAGGACACGACUUUCUCUCUCAGCGCCGAAUAUCCAAAUCCGGCGGAUGAAUCGGACAACAAACGCUCGACGAUUCGAGUCAAAGCGCCACCCGGAGGCCAUUCAACCGGCCUGUGGUAGUCGCGCUAAGACAUGAAAACUUCGCAGCCAUUCAGGCAUGGCUGAUGUCGAAGAAGAGGCAAAGGGUAAGAAGAAUUCGAUCCACGUAAAGAACCCGCCAGGUGGAAAGUCUUCGGGACCGUUUUGGUAGAUGGUGAAACAGGCAACUUUCAAUCGAUUCGGAUCCCCUUCAGCAUUUCUUAGAUUAAAGGGUAGCUUUUUUUUUAUAAUUUUAUUUUUUACUCUUUCUACCAUUCUAUUUCCCAAUACUCCCAUACCUCCGGUAACUACUCACAUCACUUGCAUUGUAAGGUUGUUUUGUUUGGUCAGUGUUGAUUCCUUUUCAAACGGAAUUUGAAUCCAAAUUUUAACGGGAUCGCUUGUUUUCUAGCAUUUUAUGGUAUCAGUUCGUGAACCGCACAAGAUUGUGACGUGGUUGUUUCUUUUUUCCUUAAAAAUAAAUCCCUCUCGCCUCCGCCAACAUUUAUUAGCCUGAAGGCUUAAUAAUCUUUUAUAUUGACUCGUGAUGUGAUCUUCUCUGCGCGACUCAACACCUGCCGCGUGUGCUAUUUUAAUUAGGAAAGUAUAAUGGAAACAGCAUUGAUCUGAAUUUUGACACUCCGAUUCAAUCUCCUCUUUUGUGUGUGCACGUUUUAGCUCUCGUUAAAUACAUACAUUUGGUUGUA